GGGUUUUUUCAUUUCUGCUCCUUUCCACCCUCUCCAUCCGGUCGGUGUAUUUUCCGGGAAAAUCCAACUUCCCGACGGGAUUUCCGAUCGCGAUUGUUCCACUUUUCUCAUAUAAUAAUCUUAAAUCUCAAAACAGCUCGUGGAGUCAGAGAUAUUCUUCACGUCGUCUGAUUUAUUAUCUUCUCCGUUCGUCAAUCCUGCAUCUUUCAUGGAGCUGUAAUUUUUGCAGGUUGUGGCAGUUUGAUUGAAAUCUCCCGCCUUUGAAAUAGAAUUCAAAGAAAUUUCGCUUCUUUGUUGCAGAGUUUCCCAUUCUUUGGUAAUUUGUUAUUUAUUCUUCUCGGUUGUUUUUGAUGUGAUGAUUUACUGUGAUUUGAUUGAUGCUAAUACAGGAUUCUGUGUGUUGGAUUGGUUCAACGUGAAGAUGGCUAGUCAGGGUGGUUUUUCAAGGAAAAGCCUGUCUUUGUCAAACUCAUCAGUUGCGAAGAAGAAAUCUUCUUCUUCUGAGAAUGGAGGCUCAGACUCUGUCCGGAAAUCCUUAACGGCUUCCCGUCCUAUGGGAUUAACUGGAGAGCGUACUGUGAAAAGAUUGCGGCUGUCAAAGGCCUUGACCAUACCUGAACAGACAAGUAUUUUUGAGGCUUGCCAAAGGAUGGCUGCUCGUAGAGUUGAUGCAUUAUUGCUUACUGACUCUAAUGCAUUGCUUUGUGGGAUCCUUACGGACAAGGACAUAGCAACAAGAGUCAUCGCAUGUGAGCUUAAUUUGGAGGAAACACCUGUUUCUAAAGUUAUGACCAGGAACCCUGUGUUUGUUCUCUCUGAUACUCUAGCGGUGGAAGCCCUCCAGAAGAUGGUACAAGGAAAAUUUAGACAUUUGCCUGUUGUGGAGAAUGGGGAGGUUGUUGCUUUACUUGAUAUAGCAAAGUGUUUGUAUGAUGCUAUUGCUCGAAUGGAAAGGGCAGCUGAAAAGGGAAAGGCUAUUGUUGCUGCUGUUGAAGGUGUUGAAAAAAAUUGGGGAACACCUCUCUCUGGUCAGAAUACAUUCAUCCAGACUCUUUGGGAGCGAAUGUUUAGGCCCUCACUGUUAACAAUUAUUGAAGACAAUUCAAAGGUUGUAAGAGUUUCACCAACUGAGACAGUGCUAUCAGUGACAAAGAAGAUGCUUGAAUCAAAAGUAAGCUGUGCAGUUGUAACAGUUGAAAACAAACCACGAGGAAUUCUAACUUCAAAGGAUAUCUUGAUGCGCGUAGUAGCACAAAAUCUUCCUCCAGAAUCAACUCUUAUGGAGAAGGUUAUGACUCCUAACCCAGAAUGUGCAACAAUUGACAUGCCAAUUGUUGAUGCUCUGCAUAUCAUGCAUGAUGGAAAAUUUUUGCACUUACCUGUAGUAGAUAAAGAUGGAGAUAUUGCAGCUGUUAUUGAUGUAAUCCAUAUCACUCACGCUGCCAUUGCCACAGUUGGGGGUACUGCUGGAAUAAAUAAUGAGGCUGCUGGCACAAUGAUGCAGAAGUUUUGGGAUUCUGCAAUGGCCUUGGGUUCUCAUGAAGAUGAUGACGAGACAAGAAGUGAAAAUUCCUUGAAGUUGGCUUCAGAGGGAGCAGAGACAGGGAGAUCUCUUGCCUUUUCUUCAUCCAGUUUGCUAAAUACAUUUGCUUUCAAAAUCCAAGAUAGAAAGGGGAGAAUGCAUAGAUUUAUUUGUGAUACCCGGAGUUUGACAGAUUUAAUUACUUCAAUUCUUAAAAGGAUGGGGGAUGAGAUUGAUCCCAACAACCUGCCUCAGAUUCUGUAUGAAGAUGAUGAACAUGAUAAAGUUGUACUGGCAUCAGAUAGCGAUCUCACAGCAGCUGUGGAUCAUGCAAGAUUGAUUGGUUGGAAGGGUUUGAGAUUGCAUUUAGAUUAUUUAGGAACACCUGGUCGUAGGAGGGGUUAUGGUUCAGGAAGUUUGGAUUAUGCUCAAUCACAUGCAUGGUCUGCUGCAUACAAAGCUGUUGCUGCAGGGGCUGCAGUAGUUGCUGGGUUUGGCCUACUAGCAUACAUGAGGAAAGCUGGAAAUUAAAAUUGUUAAGACAUUUAUCCUUUCAUGGGUGAUAUAUCGAGCAUAAUCUCUCUCCUAGAGAGUGCUUGUUUCAGCUGUUCAGAGGAGCUGGUAUUUGCUCAGCCCCAACAGCUAAGCUUAAAGUGUUUGGUUAAAAUUUUUACUUAGCCAUUGGACAUUCACAAUCAGCUGAGGUUUUGGAAAAGCUGCCAAAGGUAGCUGUUACAACAGUUCUUGUGUCUUUUAGUUUUAAUCAUAUUUUUACGAAGUUCACCUUUCUCAUUUAUGUAUCUCUCUUUAUCACAGACUUUUUAUUUUUAUUUAUCUUUUAAUUAUUUUUUUACCGACUGUUUAGAUGGUAUGUAAUAUGCUUUUCUCCUGUAGUCUAUCGUGUUUGCAUG